AUGGAGUUGAAAAACAUACUUGAGGAUCAAAUGGCUACCGCUUUGUGGUUCUUCAGGUUCCCACCACCAUGGAUGGCAGUUGUUGCUCCAUUUCUUAUAUUGAUGGGAUUAAUGGGCUUUGGGUUCUUCUCCAUCUUCCUAACAUCAAUGGUAUUGAUUCUGUCAAUUGUUUUCUUCACAUUUUGUAAGCAAAAACCUGUUCUGGUUGAGAAGUUAGUUGAAGAAAAGGUUCUCAUCAGGUGUGACCAAUCGUUCUCUCCUUGCUUGGAAGAUGCAUCAAGAACACAACAUAAUGAGGAAGAAACUGCUGCCUUACAAAAGAAGGAAGCUCAAGAAGAAGGUAUGAACCUUGUUCAUAAUUACUUAGGAGCAUCACCAUGUUCACCAGAUUUGAUAUCAGAAAGAGAAUGCCUUGAUCACUUGUCAACUAGUGAUGAAUCUGAAGUAGACUGGUCAUUUGGAGACAACGCGGUUCAGAGUCCGGAUUGCUCAGACGGUUCCAUCUCCGACGAGGAUAGCCUCAUCGAAAUAGCCCUGCCUGGCGGAUACUAUGUCGGUCAUAAGGAACAAGAGUCAAUCUUUAAUCUGCAGCAGAAAAGGCCAGGUUUGUCACACCAGUCCAUUUUCCAACAGCAUACUCUAUUGGAGCUCUUAGCUGAGAUCAAUGAGAUGAAUGAGGAAGAAAACUUGAUCGAAAUCGACUUGUCCAUGGGCUCUAUCAAGUGUUCAAGGUUUGAGAUUGAAGCUUGA